AUGGCCUGUUUGGUGCAAGGUCGCUGUCUUUUCUUACAGACACUAACCGGGAAGGAGAUUGAGAUUGACAUUGAACCAACUGACAAGGUGGAGAGAAUAAAGGAGCGAGUGGAAGAAAAAGAAGGGAUUCCGCCCCAGCAGCAGAGGCUCAUCUACAGUGGGAAGCAGAUGAAUGAUGAGAAAACGGCAGCAGACUACAAGAUCCAGGGCGGCUCUGUUCUUCAUUUGGUGUUGGCCCUACGUGGGGGAGGCCUGCGAUGAUGGAGGACCCGCUGGCCCGAGUGCCCCUCUCCCCUCGUCCUCCCCCAGCCCCCACAAAGGACAGAUCCACUCUUUUGCAGUUGGGAAGCGUCGAGGUCCUGGAUGACGUACGCUCCCCCUGCCUUUUGCUCAUCCUUGUUAUGGAAGAGAAGGCGCCUGCCUCCUGGAAUCCUCCCCAAGCUGUUAUUCAAGGGGAGGCACCCUUUAAGAGGAGCAUGUCCUUUGGGGGAAUCCCGCAUUCUGACCCUCCCACGUGCUUCUUCGCUCUAACUUCCUAAGCGCAGCUUUACUCGUUUGUUGUUGUUUGUUUGUUUUUCGACUCCCAUCUUCAGACGUCUCUUUCCCUCUCUUGGAAUGGCUGAGUGUUCAAUAAAGACGUUUCACAACCUCUGUUGCUUCGCGA